AUGGGUUUGACAGGAGAUGCUUACUCCUCCAUGGCACAGUAUCCAACCUCUACAGAAGGAAUAACUCUUUAUGAACCAACAUUUACCAGUGAAUGGAUCACCGUAAAAGCUCAAGAUGACAAUAAGUGUGAAUUCUACGUCCAUUUUCUGGAUGGUUUUAAAACAACAACCAGACCUGUCAAAGUAAUAGUUGAAGUAAAAAUCGAAGAUGGUGGAGAAUCGUUCAUCUUUAACGCUUUCGGUUCCUCGCCACGAGAUGAUGACAAAAAUGAGAAAUAUGGCGGGGUUGUUUAUUUCUACAAUGCUAGUGGUGUGCUAAUUUUCUUGCCAAACAAGUAUAAUAAAGCUGAUGACGGGAAAGCUGUAUAUCUGGAAAAGGACGUUUGGUACCAACCAACCUCUCAUUCAAACGAGAAAAUUAAAAAUGAAUUUGUUGAUGCGGAAGUUCGAGUAAAGAUGUGGCGAUAUGACGAUUUGCCCCCACAGUACGAUUCUGGUUUCAUAUACACAAUAAAAUCAAGACAUCAAGGCGUUCCGGGAUGUCUUGGUUGUGGUGAACAAGCUGGUGGACUGUCAUUUGCAUACAAUGCUUCUCAUGUUCGACUGUGGGUUAAACUGAACUAUCCGAUAACUAGUGCAGCAGACGGAUGGGGAGACAGAGACUAUCCAUCAAACCGUUUAAUGUCCUCGGAAGUGAAAGUCAGGAUUCUUGCCUGGAUUUUUGACAAUGCAGUGAACACAUGUCAAUGGAAAGAAACAUUGACAACAGACAUUGCAGUAUCUGUACAAACAAGUCCGAAGAUGAUAUUCACGCGUGAAGUGGUAACCGAAGCUUCUCUUGUGAUGGUGAAGGUACGUCAUUCAUUUAGUGCCCUGUUCACACGGAGAAUUUAA